ACCAAAGUGAUUUAGAGUAUUAGAAACUAAAAGUAAAUAUUUUCCCACUUUCAAAUGGCUUCCAAGGUUGCUAUAAUCCUUGCCCUCAACAUUCUCUUUUUCACUGUUGUAACCUCCAAUUUUGUUCCAUGUCCUCCACCAUCCUCAAAAGAUCACAAACAUUCACAUCCAAAAAAACCAACUUGUCCUAGAGACACAAUUAAGCUUGGUGUGUGUGCUGAUAUACUAGGUUUAAUAAAUGUUGAACUUGGUAAAGCACCAAAGACACCAUGCUGUUCUCUCAUUGGUGGUCUUGCUAAUCUUGAAGCUGCUGUCUGUCUUUGCACUGCUCUUAAGGCUAAUAUCUUAGGCAUUAACCUUAAUCUUCCCAUUAAUUUGAGUUUGAUACUUGGUUACUGUGGAAAGGGAGUUCCAAAAGAGUUCGUUUGCGCUUAAUUGAUACACACAAAUCAAUUAAUAUGGUUUUGUUGUGUCACUAUAUUCGUUAUUCUUCAUUUGGUGUGUGGAUUUUGCACUUUCUUAGCUAGUGCAUUCUCACAAUUGUUAUUUGUUUAUGUCAAUGAACAUUUGUUCAUACUUGAUUAUUUUUAUCAUUUUUGUUGUGAUGGUUGGAAGUUGAAGCAACUCCUUCUAUUAAUAUGAUGUGUUGAGUUGAAUUGGGGUGUUUUGGCCUAUCAUAUCCCAUGUACUUUUUUUUUU